CAUAAGGUCGUCGAUGAAGGAUAGGGUGCUAGUAUCCGCAUCGACAUGCUCUGGGGCCGUCUGUUCACCACCGCGACGGAGACAUUCGCGAAUCACCCAACCGGUGAAUUCCACUAGUGCAAGGCGUAGGAACAUAACCUCGCGGUCCGACCCGGAUUUUAGCCCCUGUUGCCCGCCCUGUGAUGGCAGCCUGAGGGGAUGGUUCAGGUCGGAGGUGAUCCUCGCCAGAAAAUAGCACGUGUUCAAUAGCACGUCUUCCCAACACGACAUCGGUAGAUCCAGGUUCCUUCGUUUCAUCUCGAGGACGGUCCCGCAGAUCCUGAGCACAUGUCGUGUAAGGCGGGUGAACGCGCCGCGCGAAACUCCGGCAAUAGCGUCCACACGGUCGUGGUGUUGCAGCG